GCCACACCCAAGAUGGCGGAAGUAGCGAGGCGAGGGGAGAGACAGACGGUUAAAUCCGUUAGGAUUGCGGCCCGACACAGGGUGUCCUUCCAAAUAUCUCUGGCGUAUAUCGAUUAGCUGCGGGUUUUCAAACCAAAAACAAAUUCUGACUUUGACACAAUCAAUGUGACUUCUGUUGAGCGAUGUUCUCCUUUGUGUGAAAGCGGAAAGUAUUCACUUUGUGGAAUGGUAUUCCUAUUUGAAAGAAACUAGUAUCUUACUGCUGGGAUGAUUUCCUCAUGAAACAUCUGAAGAUGAACAAAACUGUAGAAGUAUAUAAAGAGUCAGCAGAUAUUGCUAAGCAGCAGGAACAGCAUUAUCAUCUUCUCUCUCAGCUGCAGAGCCUGGUCAAAGACCUAUCAAGCUCAUGCCAGCAGCGAUUAUCCUACGAUACAUUAAGUAAUCUGGCCUUGGCUUUGAUUGAUGGCACUGUCUUUGAGAUUGUACAGGGUUUGCUCGAGAUUCAGCACCUGACUGAGAAAAAUCUCUACAACCAGCGUCUAAAACUGCACAGUGAGCACAGAGCGCUUAAACAGGAGUUGCUGAAAAAACACAAGGAGGCACUACAGAGCUGCAAGACCCACAACAUGGCAGUGCUCCGUGCAGCACAGCAAAGGGAACUGGAGGCUUUGGAGCAGAGAGUUAAGGAUGAGCAAAGGAUGAUGGAUGAGAAGAUAGUCUUGGAGCUGGAUCAGAAAGUGAUUGACCAGCAAAACACCCUGGAGAAGGCUGGUGUUCCAGGAUUCUACAUUACUACAAACCCUCAGGAACUGACCUUACAGAUGAAUUUGUUGGAACUGAUCUUAAAAAUGCAGCAGAAAGUAUGUGAAUCGGGGAGUUGCUGAUGUAGUAUGUCAUUGGAUUUAAAUCCAAAGUGGUCAAGCUCAUCUAAUAAACAUCCAGCAACCCCUAGAUUUGAAAUGACAAGCCAGAACAAUCGAUACUAAAGGUUUGCUAAAUGCUAUUUAUACAGGAACUCCUGACUCUAACUCUGGUUAUAUGAUAAGAUGUCUGUAAAUUUCAACUUGUAUUCAGAUGCCAAAUCAUUAUACAUUACAUGUGCACAAGGAGAGGAAUAUAAAACACAUUGCAGUUGUACUCCUCUAUUUUGGUUCAAAUGCUCCAAAUUAAAUCUGCUCACCUUUUGACACUCGGGUUUUUGGAAAGUGAAUUGUUUAAUUGGUACCAUCUACUUGCAGAGCUUCCUGUAAUAUUACCAUGUUUAUCCUGGAAUGUGACUGAGUGGUAAAACUGAUACUGGUAUCAAAGAACAUCUUUUAUGCAAUUUAUUUUUGUUGCGCAAGUUGACAUAAAGGAAUCAUGUGAAUUAGUGUAACCGAACUGUGCACGUUGUAUAAGCAGAAAAUCUUGCGAAAGGAAAGCAAAUGCAAGAAAAUGAAAUGCUGAUGUGUGAGAGGCUGCAGUUUCCACUUUCAGUAGCUUAUUUUUGUUAUGGUGGAUUCACAGAGAAAUUGUGAUCUUUGCUUAAAAAGCUUGAAUAUUGAUAUCAAUGUUACACACUUAGCGGAUGGGAAUCUUUUGCUUUCAGUUGGCAUUAACUUGAUAUACUUGAAAUGGAGUAAGUGUCUCAAUGCUAUGUGAAAUAAUCUAUUUAUACAUCUAGAUAAUGACCUGUAAUAUAGUGGGGACGAUUGCAUAAAAUUCCUACAGGCAAGUCUGACUAGCUUACCAAGGUUGUUUAUUCAGCUACUACACUCAUUUAACUUGUUCAGUUUAAAUUGGGAAAGCAUUUUGGCUCAUCAGUGUUAUAUAUUUUUAACUUGGUUUGUUUUUGAUUUGUAUGAUUCUCAAAGUUUUCAAUAAAUUGAACACUUUUUUCUCGAUGAAUAAAACAUUUUUUAAAAUCA